AUGGUGUCGCAAUGCAUGCAAGUCUUGCAGUGCGCCCUGGUCCUUUUGUUGUUGCAACCGCAGAAAACACUUGCGGCGCUUCGUUCGUACAAUCUUACCUUGAAUGCCGGCACGCGAGCUCCAGAUGGAGUGAAGCGCGAAGUCUACCUUGUCAACGGUCAACAGCCUGGUCCCUUAACUGAGGCUGACGAGGGUGACGACCUAGAAAUCUUUGUACAGAACGAUUUGCCGGUCGAGCAAACCAUUCAUUGGCAUGGUCUUCUUCAACGUGGUACCCCGGACAUGGACGGCGUUCCUGGUAUCACUCAGUUUCCCAUCCCGCCAGGAGGCAAUUUUACCUACCGCUUCUCCACAGGUACUGAGUACGGCGCUUACUGGAAUCAUUCUCAUUUUCGAGCUUACUACGAUGACGCUGUUCGCGGCCCACUUCUCAUACAUCCCUCACCAUCACGCCGCCGUCCAUUCGAGAGCCUCGCUCAAGACAGCAAAGAGCUAGAUACAAUGCUCCGUGUAGAGCGAGCUGCCACGCCGCUUCUGUUGGCCGACUGGUAUCAUAGACUCUCAGAUGUUAUCUACGAUGAAUACUUCAAAACCGGAGCCUUCCCUCAGUGUGUCGACAGUCUUCUGGCCAAUGGGUACGGGUGA